AGGUGGUGGUGUGGUGGUGGGGGGCGGCGGAUAGAUCUUGACCGACGCCACAGGGCCGGACGCCGACAAGCACCCUACAAAUCAGGACACCAGCACCUCCUUGCCGGAGUCGUCGGAGCUAGGCAGGGCACCUCCCCGUUCUCGCUCCACCAUCACCACCCCCAGAUCCCCUCUUCCUCGCUGCCGACACCCACCCACCAACGAACCAGCCACAGCGCCCCCGCGCGUCGCCGGCGGCGGUCACACCACAAGCCGCCGCCAUGCCGCCCGCAUCCAACUCGCCCUCCACCGCCCCGCCGCCUCCCUCCGCCCCGGCGGCCACCAAGCCGCGCCCGCGCCACCCCCUGGGGCUGGACUCCCUCGCCUCCACCAGCAGGCCCCUCUUCGCCGCGGCCCGCCGCUCCCCGGUCACCACGCUCGCCUGCGCCAUCACCCUCCUCGCGCUCAUCAUGUACGGCGAGGACGCGCGCACCAUCGCGGAGCUCUCCAUCGACGACUACCUCUACCCGGACGCCGACAUCUACAACGUCUCCGGCCUCCCCCCCAUCAAGCUGCCCCCGCCCACCUGCGACCUCGCCCACGGCCGCUGGGUCUUCGACAACGAAUCCCUCCCCCUCUACCGGGAGAAAGAGUGCAACUUCCUCACCAAGCAGCUCACCUGCCUCGCCAACGGCCGCAACGACGAUUUAUGGCAGUACUGGCAAUGGCAGCCCAACAACUGCUCCCUCCCCACGUUCGACGCCAGGAGGUUCAUGGAGAGGAUGAGGGGGAAGCGGCUCAUGUUCGUGGGGGACUCGCUCAACAGGAACCAGUUUUACUCGCUGGUGUGCAUGGUGCAGUCCAUCUUGAGCAAGGGGAGGAAGAAGGUGGUCAAACGGGGAUCAAACACCAUCUUCCACGCCAAGGAGUACCGCGCCACGCUCGAGUUCUACUGGGCGCCAUUCCUUGUCGAGUCCAACUCUGACGACCCCAAUAUCCACAGCAUCGAGCACCGGAUCAUACGGCCCGAGAGGAUCGAGGGACACGCCCAGUAUUGGAGGGGUGUGGACUACCUCAUCUUCGACACCUACAUCUGGUGGAUGAACACCGCCGACAUCAAAAUUCGGAGGCCAGAUUCAAGGUCUUGGUCAGAGCACGACGAGGUGCCGAGGAUAGAGGCAUAUGGCCGGGUGCUUAAAACAUGGUCGGACUGGCUGAAUGAGAAUAUCGAUCCGGCGCGGACAUCCGUCUUCUUCAUGACAAUUUCUCCUAUUCACAUCAGCCCAGAUAAAUGGGGAAACCCCCACGGGAUCAAAUGCGCGAAGGAGACGCUCCCGGUGCUCAACUACACGGAGCCCCUGGACCUCAACCACGACAUGCGGUUGUACGACAUGGUGGCGAGCACGGCCAGGUCCAUGAAGAAAGUGCCGGUCACGCUCAUCGACAUCACCAGGAUGUCGGACUACCGGAAGGACGCCCACACGUCCGUCUACUCCGUCCGGCGGGGCUACCUGCUGACCCCGAAGCAGAAGAACGACCCUGAGAAGUUUGCCGACUGCAUCCACUGGUGCCUUCCCGGCGUGCCCGACGUCUGGAACACGGUGCUCUACACGAGGAUCUUCUCGAAAUCGCCCCCUUCUUCGCCGCCGGCUCUCGCCCUCCCGCCUCCCCAGUGAGAGAGACGCAGAGCUCCUCCAUAGGAAGUGUCUUCCUGUUCAAUCUUUUCUUUCUUUGGUGGUAGUCCCGGGUAAAGGCUAGUAGAGAAGAAGAAUGGGGUGGGCUGUUUACUGAUGGCAUGUAAAAUCGUUCAAUUGAACUGUAAAUUAGUUUUGACCUAACCAGUUGAGCAGGAUUCGUUAUACUAGUAUAAACAGCUGCACUUGUGUUAAAUCCAUAUAAGAGGCGUCAAACAACAAACUAUGUCGUAUACAAAGAAAGAUUGUAACUGCUGAUGCAAGGGGUGUCCAUUUUUUUGCCCUUUCUCUCUGUUUC